GGAGGGGGCGGCAGGGACCUGGGGGAGCUGAGGAACCGGGGCCAUGAGCGAGGAGAAAGAGGAGGAGGAGUGGGAGGCCCUGAAGCCCCAGGAGCCUUCCCCAGCUCAGUGCUGUGGUGGCGGCUGCCGGCCCUGCGUGUACGAUGUGUACGCUGAGGAGCUGGCGAGGUGGGAGCGGGCCAGAGCAGCGAGAGACAAAGGGCUGCUCGGCCAUAAGCGGGGCCAGAGCAGUAGCUCCGAGCUCAGCCCUGAUGCAUUCACUGCAUUCAGCAUUAGCUCUGUGCAGCAGCUAACAGAGGACACCUACCAGUACAGGUUUGAAUUGCCAGCAAAUAGCAGGCUGCCGUUGGGUUUGGGACAACACAUCGUGUUAAGAGGAGUGGUGAAUGGUUUGGAGGUCCAACGAGCCUACACGCCGAUUAGCCCAGGGAAUGCAGAAGGUUACUUUGAAGUUCUAAUAAAAUGCUAUGAAGCUGGGCUAAUGUCACAAUACAUAAAGACUUGGAAAGAAGGAGACACGGCCUUUUGGCGUGGGCCAUUUGGAGGGUUCCCAUAUCGACCUAAUAAGCAUGGAGAACUCCUCAUGCUGGCUUCUGGCACUGGUCUUGCACCGAUGCUUCCCAUUCUCCAGUCCAUAACAGAUGAUGAAGAGGAUGAAACCUUUGUAACUCUUGUUGGCUGCUUUUGUACGUUUGAAAAAAUUUAUUUGAAACCUCUUCUCCGGGAUCUGGCUCGAUACUGGAACAUCAGAAUAUUUUAUGUCCUCAGCCAGGAAACUUCACUGGAAAACCUUCCUUGGAGCUAUCAGGAGAACACGUACCUUGGUCACCUAAAUGAAGACUUGAUAAAGACAGUAAUAAGUUCCUGCCGAAGAAAGCCAUUUGUAUUAAUCUGUGGCUCUUCUGCGUUCACUGAAGAUAUGAAAAGAUACCUGAAAGCUGCAGGAAUUGAAGAAGAUUCCUGUUUUGUCUUUUAGCAAAGUAUUCUUGAGCGAAGGAACCUCAGGCCGAGACCAGGACUUCCUGCUAAAAGACAUUGCUCAAAAUCUAUCAAUAGGCUGAAAUCCUUAUGCCUAUAGUUUCAUAGGCCUUUGGAUCAAAUGCAUUUUCCAGUAUGAUUCUCAACCUUAGGUGUUUUAAAGAUCAGAUGACCUUCCAGAGUGGCUGCUACAAUUUUACUGGAAGUCUUUACGUGCAAGUGAGAUAUCUUCAUAUUAAGAAGCAUCCAAGUGUACAUCUCUGCUGUAACAUGAAGGCUCGUGAUGCUUUGAAAUCCAUGCUAGUAUGCAGUGAUAUUGUGCACUGUUAGAUGUACCCUGGAGAGAUUUAAUCCUUGAGGAGAAGAUAAUGAGGCCAAGGGAACAGCAGAGCACUGCCUGACCCUCUGGAGUCUGUGGGGUUUGUUUCAGUGUCGUUAUCUUGCUGGGUGAUGCCAGGCAGGUUUCUUAGCCUCCUUGUACCUCAGUUGCACUUUAAUACACUAAUAUGGGGAUGAAGGUGCUGCUCUCUGAAAAGAGCCUUUCCAGUCAUGUACCAAAAAGUAAAGACCACCUAUGUAUGAGGGUGGAAUUAAUUACACGUGGUGUUCAAGGAGGAUUUGCAUUGCCUGUGCUGAACCUCAACCUUUGCAGUGCUGUCUGGAGGGAGAAGGAGGAUGUCCUAAAAGUCUGGGGAAGCAUCAGGGCUGUAGCUGCUCUCUGUCAGGGAAGAUGGUUGUCUGCUUUCUAUGUCCCCUACGUGUUAUGUAAGAGUCCUGGUUCACUAAAUUGAAGCUAUUGUCAAAUAAACAGCUGUUUCUUUUUAUCA